ACGUAAUCUCGUACCUGUGUACAAAUUUGUACAUACAAAAGUAUUUAAAUAAAUAAAUAUAAAUAUAAACAGAGUUAUAAUCUAAAAUUACCGGUUUCUCUUCACGUGUGAGUAACUGCACAAAUAGUUUAAAUAAUUAUAAAUAAAUAAAUUAAAAUGUCUGACGAAGAAGUGAUAAGACGUCGUUUGCUCGUUGAUGGAGACGGUAUUGGCGAUGACAGACGGAUAAAUAUGUUAUUAAAGUCAUUUAUAAAGUGGGCUAAUAAUCCGGAUGUUGACAACACGCUCCAUGAACGUAUUCUGGCUAGUCUUGCACAGAGUGAAUUUGCUCAGAAAAAAUCACGUUUUGUAUCGGCUAUGAGUCAAGAUGAGUUAAAAAAUUAUAAAAAAUUAUACGAAGACAUAGGAAUUGAAAUAGAACAGGCCAAACAGGAUAUUGAAACUACAAAAGCUGAGUUGCAAGAAGCCAAACAGAUACGCAAGAAUCGAAUCGAGUAUGAUGUCUUGGCUAAAGUUAUCAAUGAGCAGCCUGAUAGAAGAAAGACUAAUUUGAAAUUGGAGACUUUGAAACAAGAACUUGGAUUUUUAAAGGAAAAAUCUGAGCAGCUGGAACAUAAACUGGAGAUGCGGAGAAAACAAUUCCACGUAUUAAUAUCAUCAAUUCAUUCGUUAGAAGAGAUGUUAGAUGAGUCUGAUGAAGAAAUAAUGAAUGUAAGCCUCGAAAAUUAUGAAGAUAAUGAUGUAGCCAUGCAAGUAUCAUCAUGAGUAUUAUGUCAAGAUUAAUUUUCAUACUUUUUUCUACAUGAAUAAUAUUAGUUCAUUAUACUUAAUGUAAAUAAAUUGAAGAUCGGUCAAUACAUUAUUAGUAUUGAAAUCUUUACAAAAUUAUGAAGUUAAUUAAUAAGUUUUGUCAAAAUGAGAUUAAUUGAAAAUAUUGUUAACUUUAUGUUAAAAAAUGUAGAAAAUUCGAAUUUAAGCUUUAGUUUACUUAUUUUUGGCACAUGGCGUAUGGUCAAUGAAAUGCUUGUUUUGUGAUUAAGUUUUUCACUUUCUUCGCAUAUAUAUGAACAUAAAUUUAAAUUGCGUAUGUAAUUUGAGUCAAUUGUAUCAUAAUUGUACUCACAUAUUAAGUGUAAAUAGUCAUGAUCUAAUGUAUGUUGAAGAACUAAGAGAUUUCUUUGUUGAAGCAAAAAUGAAAACUCUGGUUUCAGCCGUCUUGGAUCGUGAAAAUAAUGUUAUUGUGAUAAAGAGAUAUCUGUAA